AUGGCUCAGCUAAAGGUCUUGUCUUUAGUGAACUGUAACCUAGACCACCUAGAUAAAGAAUUCCAGAAUCUCAGCUCACUCCAAUCUCUAGACUUGUCAGACAACAUGCUCUCCGACUUGGCUGAGAAUACCUUUGACGGAUGCAACAGUCUAAACCAUCUCAUACUCUCAGGAAACCGCUUCAGUAACGUUCCAGACGGUAAGAAUUGCUAUGUCGUGUCCGCUACUAUAUGCAUAGAAAGCACAGUCAAGACUAUGUAUUUUGACAUGCGCAGCUCUGUUGAGAAUGAACAAAUGAGGAGGUAUAUAACAAAAGCGUUUGAAAUGGACCCUGGAACAAAAAUGCGUUUUAAGUACAAGGGACAGGAGCUUGACAAUUUUAAGUGCAUAUUUUUAGAUUUCGAUCCGUUUGACGACGUGGAAAUACACGUUAUCAUUCUACAUAAGCUAAAAGUAAGAUAUUUCGGUAGCCGGUUUGUUGAAGUCUACUGUGGACGAGAUGAUUUGAUAUCACGGCUUAACACAAAUAUUGCUAAAACUUUAAAUAUACCAAGAGCGUUGGUUCGACUGAUGCAGAAUGAAACGAAAUGUGAAGAACACAGAACAUGUGCCGAUUACGGCCUUACUGGGUGCUCUGAUAUCCAUAUUGAACCAAAUUCCAUAGCCAUACAGCUUGACAGCGGACUGAUUCACAAGGAAGACAUAAAUAUAAAAGCCAGCUUAGGUGAUUACUUGAAGGCCCUUCACCUCGAAAACUUUAGAUCACUAGAUGUUUUUGCAAUACAUUCAGAAACUCAAGAAAGUCAGGGAAACCUGGAUCCGGCCACGCCCCUGUAUAACUUCGUAAAUCUUGAUGCUAAUAGUCCUACAUGGGUCUUGUUUAUGCACGGUGUCAUUCGGGUUCAACUAACUUUCCUGCCACACGAGCUAAGGUACAUUCCUAGUCAGGAACACCAUCUUGCUCACGUUCAGUCAACAAUAGGGGCCUUAAGAAGGCGCUUGCCGGUAGAAGCCAGCCAUAUUGUAUUUGACAAUAAGGAUCUUUCUGAUGAUGCCACAAUUGCCGAAUGUGGACUGACAGACGAUGCGUUAUUAGUGAUCGACACGGAUAAGACCGUCUCCGUAUUUACCCCGGAGAGGAACAAUCUGGAUUUCCCGUUGAGAGCAAGCAGUACUGUUAGGGACCUCAAAGAAGCAAUACAUGCAGGGACGAAAGUUCAUCUCGAAGAGCAAAAUUUAACCUACAAUGGGGAAACACUGGAAAACGACAAAAGGCUUUUUGACUAUGGGAUUUAUGGGCGUGACCAGUCGAUAACUCUAUCGAAACAAAGUCUUAGCGUCGUAGUUUCUCUCCCUGACAACCAUUCCAUCACAGUCAAAUUUCAAGUGAAUGAUACGGUUCAAACGCUAAAGCGCUCUAUUCAUGAGAAAACUGAAAUCUCGCCAGAAGAGCAGAGACUUUACCUGGACUCUCGCGAGAUCUUUGACGACAGUGUUCUCUCCGAGGUAGGGUUAACAUCCGAUAAAGCCAUCACGUUAAAGAAAAGAAAAGCCCUUAAGUUGAAGGAGGAGUGGAGGCAAAAAAGCAUACGCUGGAAAAAGAAAUUUGAAGAUUUUGUUCAGUUAACUGAAGAUGACUUUGAGGACGUUGCUGGGCUUUACUUGUGUACCAAAGACCCGAAAUUCCGUAUCAGCAGCGGAAGCGAAAGCACAGAAGUGUAUUUAGGCCUUCUAGGCGACGGGACCGAGGUUGCCGUUAAACGGUAUUUGAUAACGAGCUGGACCCUGGAUAACGAGCUGGACCUGCUGUUAGUGCUGGACCACCCACGCAUCGUGCGCUACCGGAUCGUGGUUCCCGACAAAUCCUUUGCCUAUCUGGUGCUAGAAUUGGGGGAAUACACAUUAAAGGAGUACACUGAGAUCUUAAAACGUAGCAAUCGUUUGAAAGAAAAAGGUCCAACGCUCGUUCUGUUCUACUCGGGUACUUUUAGCUCCUGA